UAGGUUCGCGCAUGCGUGCCAUCUAUUUCCAUGAGAGGCUGUUGAGAGUAGGGGGUGCUGGUCAGAUUGAGGGGGAAAGGUAGUGUUCCUGCUUCAACAGUGAUUGAACGGAACCUUCAUUCCCAACCGCUACCCACGAGCUUCGCUGUUCAUACUCGCCAUCGUUAUCUCCUGAUCCGUCCAUCGUCAUGAGUUCCCAGGUGCGACAAAAUUAUCAUCCUGACUGUGAGGCCGCCAUCAGCCGCCAGAUCAACCUGGAGCUUUAUGCUUCUUAUGUUUAUCUCUCUAUGUCCUUCUACUUUGAUCGAGAUGACAUUGCAUUGAAGAAUUUUGCUAAAUUCUUUCUGGAGCAAUCUCAUGAAGAGCGUGAACAUGCUGAGAAACUCAUGAAACUGCAAAAUCAGCGAGGAGGGCGUAUCUUACUUCAGGAUAUCAAGAAACCAGAUCGUGAUGAAUGGGGGAGUGGCUUAGAUGCAAUGGUGUGCUCUCUGGAGCUGGAGAAGAGUGUAAACCAGUCGCUUUUGGAAUUGCAUAAACUGGCUACAGACAGGAAUGAUCCACAUCUUUGUGACUUCUUGGAGACUCACUAUUUGGAUGAACAAGUCAAGUCUAUCAAGCUCCUAGGAGAUCAUGUGACCAACCUGAAGCGAUUGGGUGCUCCUGAAAAUGGAAUGGCUGAAUAUUUAUUUGACAAGCACACCUUGGGUGAAGACAGCAGCUAAACACCUGCAUUCUUGCUUGCUGCACUCAAAGCUCAGUGCAUGUUAAGUUAUAUUUGUAGUCCAGUUUUCACACUACCCAAUUAUGUAAUUGAUUAUGUCACUAACUUAAAUGGUUUUCAAUAAGCUACAUUGGUGAAUUUUUGAAGUCAACUUGUAGAAAAUUCUUCAGCUUAUCUCCAAAUAAAGCAAUUUGAUUCCA